ACGCUUUGUUUUUAUUUGUUUACGCACUGUAUUUGUUGUUCGGCGCGUUUAAUUUCUAGGUAAACAAUCGGCACUUAGGGCGCCCGCUUAGAUGUAAUCAAUUACAGAUAAUUAAGACAGAACUCCACGAGGAGCACAAAAGAAAUAAAGAACUCAAAAGAAUGCAAGCGUGUAAAGUGUGGCAAAGGGUAAUGCACUGGGCCAAAGACACAUAGCAGACAUCAGCAACAUCGGACAGCAGCAACAACAAGUUAGAACCGAUGCCGAACGUUGCGACAAUAAGUUACCUAUCCAUAAAAAUAUCAUACAUCGGAGUAAGUAAUGUCAUACAAGGUUGAAGCUGUUCCCGAUUCCUACGCCGCCCUGGGCGAGGGACCCCACUGGGAUGUUGAUCGCCAGAGUCUGUACUACGUGGACCUCGAAUCCGCCGGCAUUAAUCGUUAUGAUUUCAAGCAGAACAAAGUGUACAGGGCUAAAAUCGAGGGCGAGAUAUUUGCAUCGUUCAUUCUGCCGGUUGAGAACAAACCGCAGGAGUUUGCCGUAGGAUGCGGUCUUCGUACGGUCAUCGUCCAGUGGGAUGGAGUCUCCGCAGUGGCCAAGGUCACUCGCACCCUGUUCGAGGUGCAGCCGGACCUGAAGGAAAACCGCCUUAAUGAUGCCAAAACCGAUCCCAAUGGCCGUUUUUACGGUGGCACCAUGGCCGACAGUGGCGACAUAUUCACCCAAUGGAAGGGUGAGCUCUACAGCUGGCAGGCCGGUGGACAGCCCAACGCUAUCCGUAGCAAGGUGGGCAUAUCCAAUGGCCUGGCCUGGGAUGUCAAGGCCAAGAAGUUCUACUUCAUCGACACCAACAACCACGAGGUAUUGGCCUAUGACUACAAUCAGAGCACCGGCGCCGUAAGCAACCCAAAGGUCAUCUUCGAUCUGAGGAAGAUUCGGCCCGAAGGACCAUUGUUCCCUGAUGGCAUGACCGUAGACACCGAUGGCAAUAUCUACGUGGCCACCUUCAAUGGUGGCACCGUCUUCAAGGUCAAUCCAAGCACCGGUAAAAUUCUGCUGGAGAUCAAAAUUCCAACCACCCAAAUCACCUCGGUGGCUUUUGGAGGUCCCAAUUUGGAUAUUUUGUAUGUGACAACCGCCAACAAGUUCGACCAGCCAAAACCAGCUGGUACCACCUUCCAGGUCACUGGGCUCAAUGCCAAGGGUUACGCCGGCGUUAAUUUGAAGAUCUAGAUUAUAGACUACUUGUAUAAUAGCAUUUAAUUAAAUAAUCAAACAUUUACUUGUAUACUGAACU